CCUACACAGUGGCUGCCAAGGUUUACCCAUGAAUUAAACCUUUAGUUGGUAAUGAGGAAGGCGUGGGCUCUAGCAGUGGACACCCUAAGGCAGCAGUGGGUGAAAACAAGCAAAAUAAAGAAAAGUUUGCCUGUGAUAAGGUGCUAGACAGCCAGCCAUAGUGACGAGGAGGCAGGAAGGUAGCUCACCACCACCAUCACCACCACAGGAAAGAACAAUCCAAGAAUGGCUGAAUUCAAAACUCCCACUGCCAAGAGAGUGGGCAAGGCUGAGGGCAGCAAUGGCACCCCCAAGAUUGUGAUCCCUCCCUCUCCCCUCAUGAAGCAGCUCGGCUAUGGCACUGGUGUGAAUGUUUAUUUAAUGGAGCGCUUCUCACCCAUGCAUGGGAGCUACAAAUCUCCUUGGGCUGUAAAGAAAAGGAAUAGAAUGAUAAACGAUGAGGAUGGUGAAUACUCAAAAAGGCUGAAUGCUGAAGCAAAUCUGCUGAAGACCAUGAGUCACCCAAACAUCAUCGGCUUCCGGUCCUACACAGUGCAGAUAGACGGUGCUCCGUGCCUGGCCAUGGAGAGCGGUGACCAGUCCUUGGAAAAUUUGAUUGAGAAGAGAGAAGAGGCUGACUUGGGCCCAUUUCUUUCUACUCAGAUUUUGAAGGUGGCAAGGGAUAUAGCAUGUGGUCUCCAGUACCUGCAUGAAGAGAAGAAGUUGCUGCACGGUGAUCUCAAGAGUGGCAACAUCCUUAUCCAGGGUAACUUCAAGGCUGCAAAACUCUGUGACUUUGGAGUGUCCCUGAAGCUGAAUGAAAAGGGAGUUCUGUGUGAUCCAGCCCAGUGUUACGUUGGGACGGAGUGUUGGUCAGCGCCAGAAGUCUUUGAGGAUGAUGUCAUAACCCAGAAGACAGACAUGUUUUCCUUUGGACUUGUUUUGUGGGAAAUGUUAACCCUCCAUGCUCCUCAUGUUGAUAAACUUAAUCCAGACUCCAGUUUCACUGAACUCUCGGAGAGUGUUCUCUCAGACAGUUUACAAGAGGAGGAAUAUCUCAAAGCCUUGGGCACACGGCCAAGUCUGCCAGACACUCCUCUGACUGAAGAUUACCUCCCAGUGCUGGAGAUCUUUUAUGCAUGCACUGAAGCUGACCCGGCCAAGCGUCCUACCGCAGCCAAGAUUUUGCAGGUUUUGGACAGCAUAUUGGAAGAAAAAGAGAAUACAAAAAGCGUUGGUGGUGACCGCAAGUUUCUUGAGAUGCUCCAUGAAGACUUGUAAGCUGACAUCAUCCGUGAGCACUGGUGCCCCGCCAUCCUGCAACAUACAAGGUGUCACUUUACUUGCUAUGCAUAUCAUCACUGCUAACACAGCAAAUAAGAAGCUUCUUACUUCAGGUGACUAGAGAGAAUCAAUCUGUCAUCAUGAAAGUAGAUGUUUACCUUUACCUCUGCAAGUACAACAACAUUUUGUAAAGCCUUCAGGCUUUCUUCCUUGUAUGUAUGUGGCUUUUUAGUUUACAAACAUGUGGUGGUGGACAAAGUAGAUCUGUGACACUAUGAGUGUAUACAGUAGCUGUAAAAGUUGUCAUAUUCUUGGGUACCCACCACCUUGUUAGACCAAGAGAAUCAGUAUUUUAUAUACAUCAAGCCAGCUAUGUACACUGCAAUGAGUAACUUAAGAUCCUCUCUGCUUGCAGAACUGUCAGUGUGAGUACAUCUGACUGCUUGAGUAUCCUGUUAUUUCUGCAUGUUGGAGAUGGACUGCUCUACUGCAGGUCAUCACCUUGAGAUGCUUGAAGCAUAAAAACAAGGGCAGCUCAUUUCUUGGCUUGGCUCAAUGGGAGGAAGUCUCUGAUAAAUGUGGCUUGGCAUAAUACUGUUACAGCUGACCACCCUUACAGUAUUAUUUCCAGAGUGGGCGAGAUUCAUAGUCCUAAUAGGGAUGUUUUUCUUCUUUCCAAUCCCCAAACUUGUCUGGAAAUACUGGGAGGGAGGUCAGUGCCAUAAAAUGACACUCCAUCUGAGACCAAAAAGCCCAAGCAACAUAUCACAGACUUCUUGUUCAAAUUGUGCCAAGAAAAUGAGCUUGCUUCUUUUUUUAUGCUUCCAGCAUCCCAUGAUGACCUGAAGAGUUGUGGCCCUCCAAAACACUAAACAGCAGGAUGCUCAAGCAGUCUGCAGCAGUGUUCACAGUUCUAGUUCAGCAAUUAAUCAAGCAAGCUCUGCGGAUAAUGAAUGAAUGGCAUGUAUAGGGGCCCUACAUAUAUGAACACAUAUAUAUCUUCUUUCUUCUGUCAACCUGGGGGAGUGUAUCCAAAAUACAAAUCAAUGCCUCUCAAGUAUAAGAGGUCCCAGACCCUUGCUGCUUGCAAAACUGGCAGUUUGAGCACAUCUACUGACUGCCUGAGUGCUGUUUGUUGUUUCUGCCAUCUCAGCCAAUUUAGAAGUGCACUGCUCUACUGCAGGUCAUCACCUUCAGAUGCUUGAAGCUUACAAAGGAAGACACAACUCAUUUCUUGACCUAGUGGAAACAAGAGGUCUCUGAUAUAUAUAUGACUCACCCUAAUGGUGUUUACAUGCAGUGCCAUUUAACGACCCCCAAGAAGUGAUAAAUUUAAUGCCAUAAUGGAGCUUCUUUAUUCCACUCUCCAGCUUUUUUGUCCAUUAAUUAGUAAUACUGGGAGGGAGAUCAGCUGCUGUUUCUAUAAUGCCAUAAAUGGCUGUGUGACACCAAUAGCCAGACCCACACAUAUCACACAUUGUCCUAACUGAGCCAAGACACAAACUGUCUUUCUUUGUAAGCUUCCAGCAUCCCAUGACAACAACCUGAAGUACAGUUGUACACCUCAAAAAAACCCAAAAUGGCAGAAGCAACAGGACAUUCCUGCAGUCCACAGUAGAUGUGUUCAUAUUGAUAGUUCUGCAAGUAGUAAGAUAAGGAAAGUUAUGUACAGACACACCAGCUCACAACCUGGUUUAAGAGAAAAAUUAUGUUCAUUAAAAUGAAGAGGUUGGAUAUGCUAUGGAGGGUGGUGGGGGCAUGGGAGAGCAAGUUAAAAUUUAAUGUGUGCAAUAUAGAAAGCAUGAACAGACUAGAAAUCAGAUGACGCAUGUAUCAACAUAGCAAGCAAAAGUCUCUUUCAUUAAUAAAAAUAUUUAACAUGGGAAUGAGUCAGUUUUGUCACUGAAAAGACUCAAAAACAUGUAAAAAUAAUUAAUAUAUGUUAAAAUUUUAAGAAAUCCCAUUGAUUCCCACUAAAAACUGAAAUCCCUACGGGUACAUACGUAUACUAUGUAAGACAAAGGAAUUACCCACUGCUUUUUGUUUUGAGACUAUUUACUCAAGAUGUCAGUCACAAGACUAAUUGUGACUAAGUUAUCAGUACUAAAUUAGUCUUGAAAAUACUAGAUUUGCAAGAUGCAGGCCAAUAACCUUUGUGAAUGAUCAAAUAUAAUUAAAUAUUUCAGAGUAUCUGCCACCCUGUUUAAAAGAUUCAGAUUCUAAGAAAAUUUGAAUAAGACAUCAGGGUAAGGGACUUAUAAUGUAUAGAGAUAUUAUAUCUUGUGCCUGAUACACACUAUAGCUUAACUCUUGCUUCACUCCAAUGCCCAGCAUUACUUGAAUGGUAUUACAGUAUUACUCAUGGCCACCUUUCAAUUCAUUCAUAUUCUUUUUGAUGAUCACUGCUUGAGCAUGAGCAAAGCAAGAAUACAGCACGAGUGAAGAGGUAUGGCCCCAUCAAAAAAAAAUGUGCAGUGUAAGUUCCAUUAUCUGGCCAAGGGAUUUUCAACUCCCCAAAAAUCUGGUGUUAGCUAGAUUUUAAUAAACAUUUUUUGUGAAGAUAAUAGUCAGGUGUGUUUGCAAAUUAAGUAAUUAGAUGAUGGAACUUCCCUUAAUCUACAAAAAUAUUCAGCUGGAGCAGAUCAUGACCUAAGUGAGAGCAGAGCCAUAGUGUGCAUCAGGGCUUACCAUCACUUCAAAAGUGUGCAUUAACAAAUUGAAAGUACUUAUGCAUUUAAAGUGCAUUUGGAACUUAUUCCAUUAACUUUAAGGCAUUAUUUUCCUUAUGCAGAGGUCUUGUAGAUUAACCUUUGCAUGUAACAGAGAUGCUUAUAUUUUACUUUGAAACUCUCCAUAGAAAGAAGUGAGGAAUGCUGGUGUCAUUUUUUGAUGUUUGAGGCAAAUACAGGUUAAUAAAUCUUUUUAUCUCCAGUGUUGUUACUGGCAAAGAAACAGACUGAAAACACUAAUAAGCUUUCAAAUUCCAAAUGAAUGUAAAACUGCACACAAACUGGCUCAAAAUAACAGGCUAUUGGGCAAUAUGUACAUAUUGUUCCUCAGCACUGUAAGUGACAGUUUGAGCAAGCCAGACUGCAACAUAACCCAGGGAAAAGGGCAUUAGUGGGGAUCCAGAGACCCUCUCUUUUCUCUCCCCUUCUGGCCUUUGACCUUUCAUCCAGGUCAGUUUGAUAUGGGAGUGAGUUUGAUAUGGGAGUGAGAAAAUGUCUUGUAAUUCACUAGAAGUGACCACUAAAUAAAAUAAAAUGGCAUUAACAUUUUUUUAAUUUUUCAAUUAACUUCAUGACAAGAAAAAAAUAAUCUGAUAUAAUUCACAAUGAGAGAUUCCAUUAUGAAAAAGUCGUAGGUAACACACACCUGUGAAGGACUAGGAAUUGCAUGUUUUGUUGUGCUGUCAUGGCACUACAACCAUCUAAUUACUGUUCUAAGAUCUGAAGAAAAGUGUAUUUACCAAAAGAAAAUGUUCAUCAAAACUAUAUCAAAUAAAGAUCUAGCUACCCCAAUA